AUGGAGGCACCAUCGUUUGUCAAGACAGCCUGGAGGCCACAAAACCGAAGGGCUUUUUCGCUGUAUUUCCUCGCCCUCAGCACUGCUCUCGCUGUCUUUGUGUUUCUGCUCCCCUCCUGGAAGCAAUUAAGCCGCCCAACCCCUAGCCAGCACGUCAUCUACUACAACAGCAGCGAGGCCCCAGAACUAAAUACCAUCGACGACUCACUUGCGCGCCCGAGUGCACCUUCCCCUCCACCCAAGGACUAUGCAAUCGGCAUCUUCCUUGGCGCAGACCACGACAAGAAAGAGUAUGACACCGACUACGCCGACUGGUACUUUAUCGGAGCCCGCAUUCUCGCCUACCAGCUCCUCCACUGUCCCGCCACCAAGCUCCGAACGCCCAUCCCCCUCGUGAUCCUUGUGUCCAAGGAUGUGUCGGAGCGCAAACGCCAGCGCCUGCGCGAGGACGGCGCCAUUGUCACCGAGGUCCAGCAUGUGCCGCAUAACCUCUCAGACAAGAUCACGACGCCGCGCUGGAAAGAGACCUUCACGAAAAUCCGCAUGUUCGACCCGGCCAUCAUGCCCUACAAAAAGGUGCUGAUGAUGGACACGGAUAUGGUCAUCACGCGGCCCAUCGAUGGAAUCUUUCAUGAUAAGAGCUCCACACCCGCAAAGACGCAGCUCGACAACGUAGAGCAGGGUGACACGGCGUUCACGGCGGUUUCCGAAUUCUCGAAAGAAUACGUCUAUUCGACCUCCCCCGAAACCAUGGACUACGACCACCCCUUCCCGUUCUAUGAUACGGAAAACAAAAUCCCCAACUUCAACAGUGCCCUGGCCCUGUACACCCCCUCCGCCUCUGCGUUCCAGUACUACCUGGAAAUCCUAGCCCGGCCAGAACUCUUUUUCAAUGCGCUUCCCGACCAAGACCUUCUCAACUAUGCUCACCGACGGGGAGGACCGAUGCCGUGGAAUACCUUGGACCCGACCUGGUAUAUCAACUGGCCCACCCCGGCAGAUAUCGAUGGCGGGAUGGCCAUUCUGCACUCCAAGUUCUGGUUCGAUGAGCAUUACCGCGAAGUGCAGGAAUACUGCCUUUCCCGCAGAUGGGAAAUGGAGGGCUAUUGGAUGGGGAGAGAGGGCAAGUCGCAUGCGAAUUAUGCCACGAAUAACCUGCUGGGGGAUUAA